GUCAAGCAUGUCGGUCAUCUUUGCUCCUGACUGGCUACGCGGCAAGGCCAAGGUCAACCAGGAGAUUAUACAGCGGCUCCUGGCGGAGAACGACCAGCUGAUCCGCUGUAUCGUGGAGUAUCAGAACAAGGGCCGAGCGAACGAGUGCGUCCAGUACCAGCACGUGUUACAUAGAAAUCUCAUCUACUUGGCUGCCAUCGCAGAUGCCAACGCAAGCAACCUUACAAAGGUGGCGGAGUAGUCUUCCAGGAGGCCGUGAUGAGCGUGACUGAAUGCAGCCCUUCUCCUGUGAAACAGAGACAGAAUCAGUAGCAACCGAGCUACGUAGGACAUGGGCAGAAAGCCUGUGCUUCAGUUUACACUGUGAAGAAAGCUGCUACUGACUCCACUAUAUUCUUAGUGUAAAUAUUUUAGUAAUAAAGCAGAUCCCACGGUAAAACUCUAAGGACCUGAGGUAUGUGACAACAGUGCCAUUAUUGUCAGUAAAUCAGUAGUGCUUCUUAAUUAUCAGAUAACGUUAUAAUA